AUGCCUAGCGUUCGCUUGCUUAGCAUUGUGCACAAGUGGUUCGCCCCGGGCAGCGCCAUCACGUGGGUGCCCUGGCAGCUAAGGCUAUCGCAAAAGCAGUAUCAAGAGAUCAUCGAGAGCAAAGCAACAAAGACGCUUCGCACAGAAGCACAGUUUUUAAGCACAGCCUUGUUUGACGAAACGCCGGAGAUGCCGGUUGAUCACUUGCGCCUGAGCUCCGCCUGGCUCGGCCGCAUACAAACCGUGUUCCGCAAUGCAAUCGCAAUCUGCAAAGGAGCACACCUGGCCCGGCUCAAAGCCUUUGACAAAAAGAUCCUGGAUCUGGCGACGCACUCGCCCACGGAUGCCUCGCUUCGCACCGUGACGACAGCGGAACUGGUCUCAGCGGACCGUCGCAUAUGGCAAGAGAUCGCACUGCUCCAGGGCCAGGGUUGGACCCUGGACGACGCCCUGCACGAGCUUACCACAGUCCGCUCUGACCUCGGUAACCUCCUGCAGUACAGAGCCAAAGCGCCGGCACUGCCCCCGCGCCCGCCACCCAAAAAGGAUGGCAAAGACAAGCCCGGCAAAGGUACAGGCAAAGGCGGCAAAGCACAGGGCACUUCUCCUGGCAAGCGUCGCGAGCCCGGCACGGGCACUGCAACGGAGGUCAAAACCUCCGACCUCAUUAAAGAGCACAAUAACCGGCACUCGCAGCCGGCCCAGCCUCUCCCGGCAGCCACAGCUCCAGCUGCACAGCCCCGCCCCGCCAAUACUUUCACUCCAGAGCCCUUGCCAGCCUUGCAAGAGGGCAGCUUGCCA